AAAGGGGAGGGAGCUACGAGUUGUUCUCAGUCUAGAGUACUGUUUUAAAAACAGCAGCAAGGGGUCAAAAAGAAGCAGCGAGAGAAUGCCAGAAAAUCUCAUUUACGCAGACUUGAACUUGACUGAAUCAACCAGCUCCAGACUACAGGUCACUGAUGUCCACGAUUCUACAUAUGCAGAAGUGAAAGUGCAAUCCCUAGACACAAAUGCUGCAGCUGACUACACAUCUCCCGGUAAAAACUGUUGCUCCAGAACAUGUGUCGCUGUACUGGCUGCUGUGAUAACCCUCCUACUGGUCUUAGCGGUGUGUCUCAUACUCUUGUACCACCCAACUGCAAGCAGCCCACCUGACUCAAAAAUAUUCUGUACUACCUGUGAAGACGAACUAGGUUGCCCCCAAGGAUGGGAAAAAAACAGGGAAAAAUGUUACUUCUUUUUUCCAAAGCCACAAAAAAAUGAUUGGAAUGCCUCCCGUAAAGAAUGCAGAGACAAGGAGUCAGACCUGGUGAUCAUUGAAAACAAGGAAGAACUGGAUUAUCUUCGUUCACAAUCAAGAGGUCAUUACUACUUACUUGGUCUCACAUACUCUGAGAGAGAGAAGAAGUGGAAGUGGAUUAACAACAUGGAACAUUGCACUGACAUGUUUACUAUAGGAGGAGAUCACACUGACUAUUUCUGCGCUGUCAUUGGACAUGGUGAAGUAGCAACUGCACAUUGCAAUGGAACCUCAACAACACAAAAUAUGUGUGAAAAAGCUGCAAAUAUUUCAAGAAGUUGAAAGAAGAGCUAAAAAGAAGAGGUCCAGGCAGUAAUGUCAUCCUCAGCUUCCUGUAAGAAUGGCAGAUGGGAUUUGUCUUACUUUAGCUGCCUAAAUGUCUAGUCAAAUGGAUUCUUACAGGCUCCCCCUAGACACCUUGCCAAGCCUAGCACAUUCUUUCCCAAGAUGGAUGUCUGAGAUGGGAGCUCCUCUGGAGGAGCUCAUAUUUUCACACAUUAGGAGUCUAGGUCACUUGCUUAUACCAGAUGCCCAACUUUCAGGCAGCCACUGUUCAGUGACGUGAGUCCAACCUCAGUGACAGGUGUGAUCACCAGCAGACCCUAUCUCUCAUAGGCACAUGCAUAUAUAUCCAUACCUUCACAGCCCUGCCUGUGCACAAGGAGGUACUUCAAACCUUUGCCAUGCACCGGUCUUCCCUAUAGCUGCAAGUGAGGGUUAAUACAUAUUUAUAUUUUGGAUCCUGCAGAAAAGUGCAACCACACUCAUUGCCAUGUGUGCUUCCAGUGUUUUCCCUGAACACAGCUUAAAGUGCUAGGACUGAGGUCACAGCCACAGGUCAAGACCUAGUUUAGCAGGUGCAAAUAUAAGACUAAAAGAUGCUUGCUCUGCAACCCAAAGAUGAGACAAGAAACACCUGAUGGAGAGAAGAAAUGGAUGUGAUUCUGUGAUUGCACCAUUGGCCAAGGAAUGACACACCUGUUACCUGGACCACCCUCCAUGCAUGUGUGUUAUCAUCUGCAUUCUAACUACAGAUCUGGUUAUAUAAAAGGAAGGAGAUUGUUGGCUGGUGCAACUUUCUACUUUGAAAAAGUUUUCAACUCUUUUCCUUUGUUACAGGAAAUAUAGAUGUGAUCAGUUUUCGAUCAGUAAGUCCAAAGACCUCAUCAUAGAAACCCUCACUAGUAUUAUCUUCUAGAUGUGUAAGGUAUCAAGAGACAUUAGAGAUACACUAGCUAAGAAAGCAAUGGGCACACUGAUAGACAAAUUAGCAGGUGGCUAAUAAGGGCAUAAUAAUCUGAUAACAGAUCCUCUUCUAGCAUAUGAAUGGAAGACACCUUGACUUGCUACCUUCUUGUAUAUUUCUUAGAUGAACAGAAUAUCAUAGAGGGGAAUAAAGGGAGAAUAAGGAGAAAAACACAUUAGAAUCAGCUUGUGAGUUGGAAAUAAUCCUGUCCCUGGCAGCUGACCAGUGGAAAUGGGAAGCAUCUCAUACAAAUCAACCAUUUAGGAAUAACUGACUGUCUGUGUGUACUUAAGAGAAGGCUAUGGACCUUGAGAAGAAUAUGUGUCUGCAGAAAGGAUGGCAAAGCUGCAAGUGUCAGUAGGAUUUAACAUCCAACAUAUAAUAUAGAGCUUGACUAGAAGAAGCAAUAUAAUCCAUUUUCAAUGACAUUCUCAAAAAUAGCCUGGACACAAGACAACAAGGAUGAAGAUUCUGACUUUAAUUUUUCUCUCUUAUUUCAAAUUGAAAAUCUGAAAGCAACAAUUUCAGCUGUGCUGUAAUUCAACUAGAUGCUGUGAAUGACCUGGCUUGUGCUCUCCCAUCCUGUUCUAUUACAAAACUAUACUCAGCUUCUAUAUUGGACAGGAGUCUGGAGUAGGAACCAAUGCCAGAUCUGAAAACUGGUCACAAGGACAGGUACCUAUGGACAAGCACAUUCUUACAGAUUAAAAAGAACAUGUGUAGCAUCACUAUUCAACAGUUUAGCAAGUUCCUUGGAAAUGGAUCUGAUUUCUGCAGAAGUAACUGUGCUGAUUUUACAGUGAAACACGGAGAUUGCAAAUUUCUGUUGUUAUCUAUCACAGACAAUUAAUAUUUGUGUAAUUAAGCUCAAUUAUAUGAGAACAUGCUGGGUCGGCCAAGAUAGGGUUAAUUUUCACAGGAAUCUGGGGGGGGGACGCAGCCAGGACAGCUGACCCAAACUAGCCAAAGAGGUAUCCUAUACCAUAACAGGUCAGUAUAAAGUAGCCGGGGAGAGGAACACUCACUGCAUGGGAUCGUGUGAUCCAGGGCCCUCUUUCUUCUCCAGGACCUCCAGGGCAGUGCAAGUGGGCAUUGGGCAUCCCUUGCUUUGUAUAUCCUUUCAUUGUUAUUAUUAUUGUUUAUAUUUUUCCCUUUUGGUGUUCUGUUUAACUCUUUUUAUCCCAAACCACAACUUUUGCCUUCUGUUUGCUGAUUCUCCUCCCCACGAGGGAAGGGGUGAGUGAGUGAGUGAGUGACCACGCGGUUCUGCGGUUCUAAGUUGCCAGCAGGGCCAAACCACGACACAGAAGAAGUGCAAUGCAUGACUGUUGCUUUAACAGUUUCUUCCUGUCUCAGAGUGUUCCACAUAAAGCUCUUACAAAAUUCAUCCUGAAAAAAACAACCUUGUAUGAGCAUGUAAACUGAGAUACUAUUGAUAGAAAGCAUCAGAAAUUAAGAUUAAGCUAUGAGAGCUGCAACUGAAGCCUUACCCAAGGCUGUUUUAAAAAUCUGCCUGCUAUAAAGCUGUUCUCAGAUGUAUCCACCACCACUUCACCUAUUUUCAGUGGCAAAGUAGAGAUUUUUGAUAAAUCAAAUAGCUUCACCAUGUAGAUAGCAUAUUCGGGAUUAUGACUGCAUUUCAUCUUGAGAGGGACAUCUCUUACAGCAAUUCAUUACUUUAGCUGAUGCACAAUAGUUCAGAAUUCAGGCUUGAAAUUUACAAUUGCUUUUGGCAAUAACAUAAGGUAAUAUCAUUUAAGAUUGGUGUACCGUUUUUCUUUUAGAUCAUUUUAUUUGUAGUGUCUCUUUCAUUGUAUCUUAGUGCAUUAAUUUUAAUUCCUUUUCUUUACACCACAAACACCUGGAACAUACCUUGAAAUCCUCAUUCUCCUUUUCUUCUGUUGCACUGCAAAAUUCAAGUUGUGCAACAGAGAGGUAAACAGUGUGAGACAACAGGCACUUCUUAAAUUUUGUUAACAGAAGAGAAAUCAGCAUCACAAAAUGCAUAUGGAAAGAAUGAUCAGUGGGAAUUUGGGGUGUCAAAAUACAACAGCAUGAUGGACUUUGGAUACAACACAAUUUCAACAUGUGCUUCAGAUUAUUGUUAGUUGCGAAAUUCUAUUCUUAUGUGGAAAUAUGUUCACAAGCAAAAAAAAAAAAAAACACAAAAA